CUAUAAAAGGCCCGCCCAAGGGUCUUUCCGGACCCUUUACAGCGCCACGGUUGGGUCCUCAUGGAGACCGACGCGUCUGCGUCCGCGCCUCUCCUCCAGACCUGCCUGCAGGCUGCGCACCCCGAGCAGCCCGGGCAACCCGCCAGGAGGCCCCUCGCCAUCCAGGACUUCGACAUCGGGUGUCCUCUGGGCAAGGGCAAGUUCGGGAGUGUGUACCUGGCCCGGCUCAAAGAAAGCCGUUUCAUCGUGGCCCUGAAGGUCCUCUUCAAAUCCCAGAUAGAGAAGGAGGGAGUGGAGCACCAGCUGCGCAGGGAGGUGGAGAUCCAGGCGCAUCUGCAUCACCCCAAUAUCUUGCGCCUCUACAACUACUUCCAUGACACCCGCCGGGUUUACCUGAUUCUGGAGUACGCUCCGCGGGGUGAGCUCUACAAGGAGCUGCUCAGAAGCCACACCUUGGAUGAGAAGCGGACGGCCACGAUCAUGGAGGAGCUGGCAGAUGCCCUGGCCUACUGCCAUGCCAAGAAGGUGAUCCACAGGGACAUCAAGCCAGAGAACCUGCUGCUCGGGUUCAGGGGUGAGGUGAAGAUUGCAGACUUCGGCUGGUCAGUGCACACCCCGUCGCUGAGGAGGAAGACAAUGUGCGGGACUCUGGACUACCUGCCACCGGAGAUGAUUGAGGGGCGGACAUACGACGAGAAGGUGGACCUCUGGUGCAUCGGGGUGCUGUGCUACGAGCUGCUGGUGGGAAGCCCACCCUUCGAGAGCGCCUCGCACAGCGAGACCUACAGGCGCAUCCUCAAGGUGGACGUGAGGUUUCCCCCCGCGAUGCCUGUGGGGGCCCAGGACCUGAUCUCCAGGCUUCUGAGGUUCCAGCCCGGGGAGCGGCUGCCCCUGAGCCAGAUCCUGGUGCACCCCUGGGUCAAGGCCCACUCCCGGAGGGUGCUGCCACCCUGUGCUCAGGCGGCUCCCUGACACCCACUGCUGCUUCCUGUGUGUUCUGAGAGCUCUCUUGCUCUGCUACCUCAUCUGUCCUUUGUGCUGCUUUUAAGAUGUGAGAUGUUAAUAAAAAUGGACUCAUUUAGUGCCA